AUGUACUUCCUCUCUUUUCAAGACCCAACGGCACAUAAAUUACCAUUCUGCAAAAGAUUUCCAAAAACGAUUCAACCACGUAUUGUCCACCGUGCGCUUCUACACGCUAUUCAAAAGCAUGAGAUGCUAAGAACGAUAUUUCUCGAAGCAAAUGGGGACCCGAGACAAAUGGUGGUUUCCAUGACAGAAGCAUAUGUACCCCUGUGCAUCGAAUUUAGUGAAGACCUUAGAAAGAGCAUAGCAGAAAGGAUGGAAUGUCCUAUGCAGCUUCAUGGGAGGCCUCUUGUAGAAGCAAUUAUGUACGAAACUCAGGAUUGCUUCUUGGCAAUGUUAGGAUUGCAACAUAUCAUUUCUGAUGCUUGGUCCACUGGAAUCUUAGAAAAAGAAAUUGUAAACUUUAUUCUUGAUCUGGAAAAGGGGAAAGUUCCCAAUACUCAACGACAAAAAUACACCUACCUUACCUACUGCAAAGAGAAAAUGGCAAAAAAAGACAUUAGUGAAGUUUACAUCAGGAAACUAGCGGACGUACAAACAAUAGAAAUGAGAGAUCCUGGAGGAGUUGUUAGUGUGUUUUGGUUCGACUUCCCUAAAAGAAUCGCUUCCGAAUGGGAAACAGGUCAUCGGGUUUCUCUCUUUGUUAUCCUAUUGAGCUUACUUUCAGAAAGUGUUAUGGAGCAGUUCAAACUGUCAAAAAUCAACAUAGGAUGCCCUACCGCAAAUCGUUCUGUAAAAACAAAGUCCGUUUUUGGCUACUUUCUUAAUAAUAUUGUUAUCCAUAUAUGGAGGCCACGGAGCGGUGAAAAUCUUUUCAGAAUGGUGGAGAAACACAUAAAGGAUGUUCUAGAACAAAAUAUUCCAUUUACUGAGUUAGCGGCUCAAUUCCAGAAGUUGAACGAAACUCCACAACCAAUUUUCCAAGUUUAUUUCAAUUGCCGUUACGAUUUGGAGUAUAACGUAAACGAAAGCGAUGACUUGAAUACACUACUCCCUAUUAGAUCCGAAUUCCCAAUAGAAGUGGACCUAGACAAGAGAUCUACUGGCUUCCGCAUCACAUUAAGGAUUCAGGACUGCAUUCCGACAGUGGCUGGAAAAGAGCUCAUGGAUCGACUUCAUAAGAAGAUUCUGUCGACAGAG